AUGUUCCAGUACUUGUUUUUCUCCUUCUGUAUCUAUGUCAAGUUACAGCCAAUAUCUUCAGUGGCCCUGGACCCUUGCUCUGCCUAUAUCAGCCUGAAUGAGCCUUGGAGGAACACUGAUCACCAGAUAAAUGGUUCCCGUGACCAGCCUACAUGCGAUAGCCACAUUGAUGGGGAGUGGUACCGCUUCACUGGCAUGGCUGGUGAUGCCAUGCCUACCUUCUGCAUCCCAGAGAACCACUGCGGGACGCAUGCCCCCAUCUGGCUAAAUGGCAGCCACCCUAGGGAGUUGGAUGGCAUUGUCCAAAGACAAGCCUGUGCGAGUUUUAAGGGGAACUGCUGCCUCUGGAACACUACGAUUGAUGUUAAGGCAUGUCCCGGCGGGUAUUAUGUCUACCGCUUAACCAAGCCUAGUGUCUGCUUCCAUGUGUACUGUGGGCAUUUCUAUGAUAUCUGUGAUGUGGUGGAUUGCCAUGGCUCCUGCUUGGAUACCGGAGACUGCAUGUGUUCCUUGGGGACAACACUGGGACCUGAUGGACAGACCUGCCUUGAUGAGAAUGAAUGUGAACACGAUAAUGGAGGUUGCAGUGAGUUUUGUGUGAAUCUGAAGAACUCCUAUCGCUGUGAAUGUGGAAUCGGGCGCACGCUGGGAAAGGAUGGUAAAACCUGUGAAGAAAUUGAAGGUUGCCACAAUAACAAUGGAGGCUGCAGCCAUACCUGUAUUGCAGUGGAGGACACAUACCAGUGUGAGUGCCCAAGGGGGCUUGUUCUGUCAGAGGACAACCACAGCUGCCAAGUUCCAGUGCUGUGCAAGUCCACCUCCAUUGAGGUGAGCAUCCCCAAGGAUCUGGUUGGAGGGCUGGAUCUUUCUCUCAGCAAUGCUUCCUGCAAAGGAGUAUCCAAUGGCACUCAUGUCAAUAUCAACUUCUCUUUGAAGUCCUGUGGCACCGUUGUAGAUGUAGUAAAUGAUAAAAUCAUUGCUACCAAUAUGGUGACCGGCUUGCCCAAGCAGACACCUGGCAGUAAUGGGGACAUCAUCGUCCGCACCAGCAAGCUGCUGAUCCCUGUGACCUGUGAGUUCCCCCGUCAGUACACCAUCUCUGAGGGCUACGUCACCAACCUGAAGAACUCCCCUCUGGAAAUCAUGAGCCGCAACCGGGGUGUCUUCCCCUUUACCCUCGAGAUCUUCAAAGACAAAGAGUUUGACGAGCCCUACAGGGAUUCUCUCCCUACCCUCAAGCUUCGCGACUCGCUGUAUUUUGGGAUCGAGCCCAUGGUGCACGUGAGUGGGCUAGAGACACUGGUAGAAAGCUGCUUCGCCACCCCCACCUCAAAGAUAGAUGAGAUCCUGAAGUACUACUUAAUUCAAGACGGCUGUGUUUCUGAUGACUCCGUGAAACAGUACACAUCAAAGGAUCAUCUCACUAAGCACUUCCAGGUCCCUGUGUUCAAGUUUGUGGGUAAAGACAACAAGGAAGUGUUCUUGCACUGCCGCAUCCUUGUGUGUGGUGUGCUGGAGGAGAGGUCUCGCUGUGCCCAGGGGUGUCGGAGACGAAUGCGCAGGUCAGCUGGGAUGGAGGAAGAGGAGGAGGAAACCAAUCACAUGGCAAACCAUAUCCUGACAGGUGGCCCCAUUAGAAUCGACAUGGAUGAGUAGCACUCUCUCACCAUCAUAGUGUACUACCCAAGAACCUGCCCUCUCUCCCUGCGCAUGGGUUUUGAUGAUGUGAAAAAAGUGUUUGGUAAAGCCCUGCAUGAGCCUAUUAUCGUGUUUCAUAAUAGCCUGACAGUUACUUACUUUUGUGAAGCUAUAUUAGACACAAGAGGCAGCCCCUCCAUAUGUAAUCUGAUCAGCUGUGUAAUACAGCUGUGCCUGCAUUUCUGUCAAUUAAAGGGAAACAUUUCAGUUAUAGGCCCAAAAUGUUACCUGCCUUCGUUUUUCUGAACUGUUUGCAAACAUCUCAAUGUUUAAACACAUUUUGAACCAUGCUGCUAAUGCUUUAUUUUCCAAGGACAAUACAAACAGUUCCAGGAGCACGACACACACACUGAACAACUCCUGUGAUAAGGCUGUGUGCGCGGUGAGUGUGACAUCGAGGUUCUGAAGGGUGGUUAUUCAAAUACAUAUAAAUAUAUAUCUCAAAUAUGCAGACUCUUUGAAGCUGUAAAAGAACAGUAAUAUACAGCUAAAGCUCAGAAUUGUUGCAGGCAAAUGUGC